AUGCAGACUCCAAUUCGCCUCCUCCCAUCUUUAAUGCAGGAGCUUCAGGCUUUGGCAGACUGCCGAGGCCAACCAUACGCACAUCAAUCCGCUCUCCUAGUCCGCUGGGAAACCGACAGAAGCAACGCGAGAGCCGAUGUGGCAGCUAUGACUGACUUGCUCGAUACAAAUUUUGGUAUCCAGUCCAACGUCCACGUCAUACCAAGAAGAGGCCAAUCCUUCACGUGGGACCUCGUAGCGAAGAUUUUGGAGCUGCGAAAGACCGACCAUGAUCUCCAGGAGCCCACACUUUUCAUUUUCUAUUAUGCUGGCGAUGCAGGUGUGCCAAUGGGAGAUGCUAGUUUGCAGCCCUCUCUGGAAAAUGAAGGAAGUGAGAAUUUCGCUCUGGAAAAUGAAGGGAAUUACAUCCCAUGGUCAGCGAUCAAUGACGCAUUGUGCAGCAAAGGCAACAAAGACUCAGAUGUCUUGGUGAUCCUUGAUUCUCCUUUUGGAGAUCGUCACAAUGAUCUCCACGGAACGACCGAGCUUCUUGCUGCCUGCAGAGGUGCCCAUUACCGGAGAAUGACCCCGAUCUCCUUCACCCUGAGAAUCCGGCAUGCAGUCCACUCAUUAAAGGGGGACAGAAAAAGCAUGACCAUGAACGACCUAUUUGCAGCACUUGAAGAUCAGCACUUGAGAGUGCGACCCUUCAGCACUGCCCCGAGCGGCAAAUCUCCUAUUUUGCUGACGUUUAAGCAAGAGACAAGCCCAUCAACCCCAGUCAGGGUUCCACCUAUCCCCCAGAACGUCAUCGUUAAGCUGACAAUCCCUGACACAACCGAUGGGCUCUCGAGCUUCCGUCAGGCAAUUCAGGAGUUGCCGGAGAAUAUGAAGGUGGAUGUCCUUGCUGCCUACCAGGCCGAUUAA